UCCCCAUCCUGAUGCCCACGUUUCUUCAAGCAACAGGAUGGGGAAUUUACCAUUUAUUGGUUUAGGAUUGAUCCAUGGGCUUACAGAGGAGGCUGGAGGAGUCUCGUACGGGUGAAGCAGUCGUGUCGGGGCAGGGUUUGUGUGUGUGCGUGUGAUUGUGUGUGUGUUUUCAUUCAGAAUUUGAGUGGCAGAAGACACGCUGGAAGCAGCAGCUGCACGGACUUUUCCGCCAUCAAUGUCUACAAGACGAUGAAUGACUGACUCCUGUCUCCCUGGCCUGUGUGAUCAUCCGAAGAUGUGGUCUUUAAACACCCCUGGAGAAACAUACCAGAGUUAACACAGUCACAAAAUUACUGGAAACCAGGCUCAUGGAGGCUCUUACUUUCUACAGCUGUGUGAAGAGGAGUUAAUCCGGGGAAGUGACGGUGUCCUGCAGAGGCAGAGCUAUGGGCUGCGGGGGGAGCAGGACUGACGCUCUGGAGCCUCGUUACCUGGAGAGCUGGACCAAAGAGACCGAGUCCACGUGGCUGACGAGCACGGACACAGACAUCCCCCUGUCAUCCAUCCAAAGCAUCCCCUCUGACAACUCUGAGGCCGGCUUCGCUUCUGAGAAAACAAUCAGCCCUGUUCCAGAUUUCUUCGAAGAUGGCCUCCCUCCACCCGCUCAGGCGUAUCUGAAGGUCUGUUCGGCCGUGUCUGAAGCCAGUCUGAAUGACGUGAAGCCCUGCAGCCAGCCGUCCACCCUGACCUCGCCGCAGCAGGAUGCCUCACCGCCUUCGACAGGCACCACGGUGCAGCGAAGAAGUGUCCUGCACACUGAAGAAAUAACGAAAUGGCAGGACAACAGGAUGUCCACCAAGCAGGUGACCAUUACCGUAACGCAAAGCAUCCAUCAGGUGGACAAAAACGGCAAAGUCAAGAAGUCGCUCACAACCUACGAGGUCAUGAAACCUGUGGAGACUUUGAAACAGGUGGCCACACAAAACACUUGAGCGACUGGAAGAAGUCCAGCGAGAAAUGAGUCAACUGAAUGUGCUUCGGUGGAGAAAUCUUUGUGCUCUGGUGGAUUCACAAUGUGUUUACAUAGUGGUGGGCACAGUUUCACUAAUAUGCUAAUAGCAGAAUUGGCUUCUUAUUUAGCGGAUACGUUUUUUUUUUGUGCUAACUGUUAGCACACGAUUAGCUUCCGCUAAAUUAGGUUCCGCUAAUAUUAAGUCCACUGCAAAAAUUAAACUUCUAUUUUUACACCAUUUAUCCCCAAUUAAAUAAAAACGUGUUCCCUUUUACAAGCAGUGCUGGACGUGUCAGGCACC